GUCGUCAGCCUCGCUCUGGCUGGCGCCGCGCCCCCGUGCCGAGUCCGCGCGUCAGUCGAUCCCGAGCGCGGCUGCGGGGCGGCGGGCUGCAGCCAGCGGAGCGCGCCGACCCGGGGAGGCGGCGGUGUCCGCGGGCGUCGCGUGAGGAGGCGCGGAGCCCGGAGACUCGAGCAGCGCGAUGGCCCCCAUUGGCCUCAAAGCGGUGGUCGGAGAGAAGAUCAUGCAUGAUGUGAUAAAGAAGGUAAAGAAGAAGGGAGAGUGGAAGGUGCUGGUGGUGGACCAGCUGAGCAUGAGGAUGCUCUCCUCCUGCUGCAAGAUGACGGACAUCAUGACGGAGGGGAUAACAAUUGUGGAAGACAUCAACAAACGCAGAGAGCCGCUGCCCAGCCUGGAGGCCGUGUAUCUCAUCACUCCUUCUGAGAAGUCUGUCCACUCUCUCAUCAGUGACUUUAAGGACCCACCGACCGCCAAGUACCGGGCUGCACAUGUUUUCUUCACUGACUCUUGUCCAGACGCCCUGUUUAACGAGCUGGUAAAAUCUCGAGCAGCCAAAGUCAUCAAAACUCUGACGGAAAUCAACAUUGCAUUCCUCCCAUAUGAAUCCCAGGUGUAUUCCUUGGAUUCUGCUGACUCUUUCCAAAGCUUCUACAGUCCCCACAAGGCUCAGAUGAAGAAUCCUAUCCUGGAGCGCCUGGCGGAGCAGAUUGCGACUCUGUGUGCCACCCUGAAGGAGUACCCAGCCGUGCGGUACCGGGGAAUGGGGGAGGGACCAGACAAGGCUCGCUCCCAGCUCCUGAUCCUGGACCGUGGUUUCGACCCCAGUUCACCCGUGCUUCAUGAAUUGACUUUUCAGGCGAUGAGUUACGACCUGCUGCCUAUUGAAAAUGAUGUAUACAAGUACGAGACAAGCGGCAUCGGGGAGGCGCGAGUGAAGGAAGUGCUCCUGGACGAGGAUGACGACCUCUGGAUAGCGCUGCGCCACAAGCACAUCGCGGAGGUGUCCCAGGAAGUCACUCGUUCUCUGAAAGAUUUUUCUUCUAGCAAGAGAAUGAAUACUGGAGAGAAGACCACCAUGCGGGACCUGUCCCAAAUGCUGAAGAAAAUGCCCCAGUACCAGAAAGAGCUCAGCAAGUAUUCGACCCACCUGCACCUGGCCGAGGACUGCAUGAAGCAUUACCAAGGCACUGUGGAUAAACUGUGCCGCGUGGAACAGGACCUGGCCAUGGGCACGGAUGCUGAGGGGGAGAAGAUCAAGGACCCCAUGAGAGCCAUCGUCCCCAUUCUGCUGGAUGCCAACGUCAGCACUUACGACAAAAUCCGCAUCAUCCUUCUCUACAUCUUUCUGAAGAACGGCAUCACCGAGGAGAACCUGAACAAGCUGAUCCAGCACGCCCAGAUCCCGCCAGAGGACAGCGAGAUCAUCACCAACAUGGCGCACCUCGGGGUGCCCAUCGUCACGGACUCCACGCUGCGUCGUCGGAGCAAACCGGAGCGGAAAGAGCGCAUCAGUGAGCAGACCUACCAGCUCUCCCGAUGGACCCCGAUCAUCAAAGACAUCAUGGAGGACACUAUUGAAGACAAACUUGAUACCAAGCACUACCCUUAUAUCUCAACCCGCUCCUCUGCCUCCUUUAGCACCACUGCUGUCAGCGCCCGCUAUGGGCACUGGCAUAAGAAUAAGGCCCCCGGGGAGUACCGCAGCGGUCCCCGCCUCAUCAUCUUCAUCCUGGGGGGCGUGAGCCUGAACGAGAUGCGUUGUGCUUAUGAGGUGACCCAGGCCAACGGCAAGUGGGAAGUGCUCAUAGGUUCUACUCAUAUUCUCACUCCCACCAAAUUUCUCAUGGACCUGAGACACCCCGACUUCCGGGAGUCCUCUAGGGUAUCUUUUGAGGAUCAGGCUCCAACAAUGGAGUGAGAGCCAAAGAAACAAAGAUCCACGCACAUUCUCACCCCACAGAAACUGCUGGACACGCUGAAGAAACUGAAUAAAACAGAUGAAGAAAUAAGCAGUUAAAAAAAUUAAGCCACCCCUCCAAAACACACACCCUCUCCCCGAAGUGCUUGCAGCCCUGACCGCUGACCACCAGCCGCCUCGGUUACUUUGCUGCCCCUGCUCCCUCCACCGCCCCCAGCUCUGCACGCCCAGCCGGCACUGGCGCCAUCCUCGUGUUGGAUGAUGCCCUCUUCUCGUUUGAAGCAAAAGAAUGCAUUGUGUUUUCUAAAAAGAGUAUCUUCUAUAUGUAUCCCAGAGGAGAAGCUCGGUGUAAGGGACCCACUGCUGGAGGGUUUCUGGAACUGCUUAGGACGAGUGGACACCUCCUCCCCGUUAGUCAUGAUUCCAUGACCUUGUACAUAGCCCAGUGUGACAUGUGCACCUUGCUUGCAUUUGGGAAGACAGACGUUUGGGUGUUCUAAAAAACCCAUCUGGGGUUGUUCCCGUUCUUGCUGGGAAUCACUGAGAUGUCCGUUCUUGGAGUGUUUCAAACUGAGGAUUAAUCUGUUACCUUCAACUUCAGUUACUACCCCACAGCUGGCUCUCCUCCAGAUAAGCUUACAAGUGAAGCUCAGGUGACAUCAUGUGAGAUUUGAGCUCGAGCCAACCUAUGUUUCCGCAGAGGCUUGUUCCCCCUGGGGCUGGGGCCGGGGGUGUCCCGGGGAAUCAAGCUGGGUGCUGGCUGGCGUCCAACCUGUCACACUGCCUCCCUGGCCUGUGGCCACAGCUCUGUGAUCUGAGGGAAGUUGUUCUGCCAUCUGUCACUGUGCCUGGAUGAGGAGGGGAGCAAGCUCCCGCUGAUCUUUUGGAGAAGCGGUUAGACCUGGUCCUUCUGACCAGACCGCAUCCUGCCCCAGGCAUCACCCCCAGCCGAGCUCCUCCUCCUCAGCGGGCCAGCCUGGGUGGGCUCAAGGGCGGGAAGGGGCCAGAACAGAAAGGGUUCUGCAGGCUUCUGGUCUGUGCCCUGGGCUUCAAAGAAGAGUAGCCCUUUUCCCACUCAGAUUCUCCUCAGUUUACCAUACUUCAUAAUACUUUGUUUUGUGUAGUUUGGGGUCUUAAGUCGUCGUGCUUGUAAGAGAAAACCAUCAUUUUAUUAUUCUCUGUAUAAAAACGUAGCUGUAUAAAACUUAGCUCUAAUGCAAAAAUUAAAGAGCAAAUGCAGGAAGGAUGUCUCGUCAUCCUCAGGACUCAGCAGCUCGUUCUCCGGUGGGGAGCACGCUCUUUGUUCUGCUGCUCUUGUCAUGAACUAUAAGGACAGUGGAAGUCACAAAAACGUCCCGCACCCAGCCCCCCCCCCGCCCCCUUUAACUCCCGCAGACUGUGUGUAUAUUACUGUCUCGUGACAUCGUUGCAAACGUGGUGUGUGCUAGUUCUUCGCAGCCCCCACUUCCCUUUCAGAUUAUGCUCCUCACCCACCCAGUUAGAUGCAUCGUGGUGUUCUCCCCUCAAGGCUUUGAAAUCUCCCCUAUGCACUCAGAUUAGUUUUCAGAUCCGUGUCCCUUCUCCCCCUUAUGAGCUCUUAUUUCCUUAGGACAGACUGUAGGUACCUGCCUUCGUUUGUUUCUUCCUGUUACUGCUUGUUUUGUUCCCUGCCCUUGACCAAACAAUGCUCAUGCUUCAGGACCUUGUUUGUCCAGCCUGUUGGUUUUCCUUUCUCUGUUAUUUAUAUAAAAAUAAUUUAUCAAAAGAAUAUUUUAAAAAAAAGUUAGUCUGUCUUGAAACUUGUUUACCUUGAAAUUAUCAGAAUCUCAGUGUUUGAAAGUAUUGAAGCACAAACAUGUAUCAUCUCUGUACCGUUCUGUACUAAAGCACUCAAGUCUAAUAAAUAAAUAAAUCAGCACCCAUUCACGGUG